UCCGUUAUGAAAUUCGACGAUAAUAAUAUUUAUGACAUAGUCUAAAGUCUCAUGAGUAAUCAUAUUCAUGUGAUGUCCAGAAUUUAAAUUACUGUUUCUGCUUAUACGUUUAAAUUAAACAAAGCAUUUCUGAUGAUCAAAAGUUUACAAACACUUGUACUGGUACAAGUAUGAUCUUACUUCAAAAAUAGAGGUAUGGCUAUAUUUACAGCAGUUUGAAACAAUAAAAAUAAAAUAUGGGAAUGUACCAUGUUUCAUAGCAAAAGCUAAUACGUUGACAAGUGAUAAAAAUAAUUAACAGCAAUUCUACAUAGUUUUGGAUUUGUGUUCACCUUUGGUAGAAGGUGGUACAAGUGUCAGUUUAUUGAAGCAAAACCAACCACUAUGGUGAAGAAACGGGGUAUUGUGUGGAAUUAUUAUAAUAAGAAAGUUGAUGGAUCUCAAGUUAUUGCAUUUUGCAAGUUCUGUGAUCAGUCAUAUAUACAAAAUGCAACGCGUAUGGAAAGACACAUGGAGAGAUGUUCGAAAUGUCCCGAAGAUGUCAGACAGCGAUUCAUUCAAGUGGCUCAUAAUAAAAAGACGAAAGCAAGUAUCCUUGGUAUCAAGGUGAGCGAUCCAUGGACAAAGCAGGAAUCCUCGAUGGAACAAACUACUAUUACUGACACCGAGUUAGAAGAUUUGGAUGAUUGGAGCUAUAGAAAUCAACCAUAUUCAGAUGGUGCUCCUGGUGGGCUACAACAAAACAUAGAAUUGGUUAUGCAACCUGGUGAUCAGGUGUGGAUAAAUCGUGAUUCAGAAGAACAAAAUAAUGAAGGAGAUUCCAAUGUCGUGAACAGAGAAUGGGAAGCAACCCGCAGCGUUGCAGAAGUAACUCCAACUGCUGAAAAUCAAGAACGAGCCAACAUAGCUCACCAAAGGAAAUCUCAAACACCAAGAAGGAUCUCUCAGUGGCCACUUAUUUCUAGUCGAGUUACUGACUGUUCUCCUCUGCAAAGUAAAAUUUAUCAAGAACAGCUCCUUGAAAGACGGGCAUUAAGACGUGCUGCGGAAUUGGAAUUGCGUCGCAAAACUUUAGAAUUUGAAAGAUUUCAAUGGGAGUAUGAAAGAGACAAAGCACAUAGCGAUUUACGCUGGGCUCAUGAAACUCGAAUGAUGCAGCUCAAGGAAGAGCGAGAGCGACAGUUAAUCGAACAAGGCAGGACUCGUGGCUUAUCACAUGUCAUGUAACUGUUCAGAGAAACAGUGACAUUCAUUUUGAUAAUCAUAUUAAUAUGCGUGAUCGUCAUGUCUAUCAAAAUUAUUUUUAAGCUUCCUAAUGUUUAUUCUGAAUGUAAGUUUUUUUAUCUGGGAACGAAAUUGCACAUAUUUAUGUCUGCUAACCCGAAUUUUAUGUCUAGUACAUGGUUUUCCAUGUAGAUUACAAAAUCAAGAUUUUGUAGAUUACAAAAUUAAGAUGUAAACAUGGGGUUCAUUGUUCAGUGUAUAGUUAUAUUGAAAAGCAGAAAAUAUAAUAAUUUGAUUUGUAUUUUGUACACUUAAAUAUCUUACUGUUUAAUUGCGGAAUUUCAGCAAUAUUGUUGAGGAAAUUCGUUUCUUAUUAUAUUUUGUUAGAGAAGUAAUUCAAAUUAAGUGAAUUGUGAAUAAUAAUUACAUAUCGGAAAAUAAAUAAACGAUAUUAAAUUAUUUGUUUCCAACAAAUUACUGAAUCAUUGUAUAAGAAGUCAUACACGGAUUCAUUGGAUUACAGUAAUAACCAUCUGAUUAGUAAUGGUUUGGUAAAUGCAUACAUUUUUUGUAAGAUUCGUCAAUAAUUCUUUCUACAAAAGCCUAUAUUAAAACAAAAUUGAAUUUAAAAAUACCUCAUCGAUAAGUUGUACAAAAAUUCUUACCGAUACUCACAAGGACCAUAUUUGCUCAAAUUAAUGUCUUGAGUUUUAUUGAAAUAUGAAUGACAGAUAGAAAUAAUAGAAUGACCAAUAGAAGCGCUAUUCUAAGUCCCUUAUGAAAAUGAAUGUAAACGUUUAUAACAUGUAUGAGAAACCUAAACGUGUGACAGGUUUUUAUUUCUGUAUAAUAUUUCGGUUACAUUUGUUCUAUAUUAGCUUACCAUUAUGUGAUAUAAUGCUUUGAAACACAACAAAAAUAAAACGAAUUGCUUCUUGCCUUGCUAUUUGACAUUUCUUUGACAUGAGCCAGCUCAUAUAUUGAGUUCUUUUUUAGCGGACAAAUGUAAUAUAUGUUUUGGAGUAUUUAGAAAACUAUAUCGUAAAUUGAUAUAUUUUAACAUGAUUAUGGAAUUGUUUAAAUCAUGGUAAUUUUUAUUAGCUUGUAAAUUAAAACUAAUGUGUUUGUACAUUAAAUGUGGAGUAAUUGGUCAUAGUUCUGUCAAUCAUUGCGUCUUUUAGAACUUAUCAAUUUACAUCAAUAUUGAAAAUAAAUGAUCAUUCAAUUUGGAAUCAUGUAAUGGUAGUCAGAUUUUUUACUUUAAAAUAUUUUCGAAUCCUGAAUGUCAUUUCUUUUCUGGAAUUUCGUAUAUAAAAAAAAAAAUGAGUAAAACGAAAUCUAAUUAAUGUAGUUCAUUGUUCAUAAAUUUUACAUAUCUCCUUGAUAUGUGAGUGGACUAUUCUGAGCUAUUUUUAAGAACCGUGAACAAUUUAUUCGUAUACAUCCUAUGCUUCAUUGGUGACUUUAAAAAAUUUAAUUUGUAUCGUUGAAUUAUAAAAAUCCAAUCUACAACUAUGUUAAAGUAAAUGCAUUAUUUAAAUAUUGUACCAUGACAGAUAAGGAUAUUCGGGGGUAACGUGGCAUAGAUACAAGGUAAUUGAUUGUCGAUACAGAACAAGUACAAUGCGAUACUCAGACAAUGGAAAAAUAAUAACUGCUCUUUCAAUAUACAAAGAGAAAUACACCAAGUGUAUUUUAUACACAAAAUGUAGUAAAUCUUGUUGUGUAAUAACAAGAUUCACUCGUUCGAUCGUUAUACAUAUAAAACUGAAACAUCAUUCUCUGUGUUAGGUGCACAUGUAGAGUUUAAGAUAAAGCAUUUCUAAUAGUGAAUGCGAGUAAGUUUAACGUUUAUUUUAAAUUGUCAGUAAACAUAUAACGUAUGAAGAAAAUAAUUUCUAGCUAACGUAAUAACUUACAUAUAAGUGACUAAAAUAUUACUAAUAAGAUGCUCGUGUAUAGUUUUGUAUACAUUUAAAUACAAACAUAUUGAGAACACGUACAAGUAUAAGAGCCUGUGCUUUUUUGCAACGCAGCACCUUUUCGUUGGUUA